GUGGUUUCAUCCGGCAGCUUCCUGCUUUCUGAGUUCAUAACGGAGAUCCUGAUCUCCGCAGACAAAAGAAACGAGAAUCCGACUACUGAUCAUUUCUCUAAUCAGUUACCAGUCUGUUAUCAUUCCUACAGCCUGAUCGGACCAGUUAGAAUUAUCAUUAUUAUCUGAUCUGACGCAGGACUCGCUGAAGAGCUGGAUCGAACAUCUCUAGCCAUCAUCUGUAGCAGGUUCAGUCACUGAGAUCCACACAAGACGCUGGGAUGAGUGCUGCGAGAACAGAAGAUGCUGCUGCUAACGGAGGAGGAGGAGUGUGUCCGGAGGGAGGCGUCACCGUCCUCAGGCCUACAGAUCUCUCAGAGAUGUUGGCGGCAGGAACCAAAGAAGUUCACGAGAAGGCCGAAAACACAGAGUUCGUCAAAGACUUCCUGAAGGGACGCAUCCGCAAAGAGCUCUUUAAGCUCGGUCACGUGGCUCUAUACUUCACGUACUCGGCUAUAGAAGAGGAGAUGGAGAGAAACAAGGAGCAUCCUGAUUUGGCGGCGCUCUACUUCCCUCAUGAGCUGCACCGGCGGGACGCUCUGGCUCGGGACCUGCAGUACUUCUACGGCGAGGACUGGCAGGACCAGAUCAGCAUCUCUCCCGCCACUCAGCGCUACGUGGAGCGUAUCCAUCAGAUGGGCCGGGACCAGCCCGCGCUCCUGGUGGCUCACGCUUACACCCGCUACAUGGGGGACCUCUCAGGCGGCCAGGUGCUGAGGAAGGUGGCCCAGCGCGCCAUGAAGCUGCCGCCCACAGGAGAAGGCCUGAACUUCUACCAGUUUGACGGCAUCCACAGCGCCAAGGCCUUCAAACAGCUGUACCGCAGCCGGAUGAACGAGCUGGAGCUGGACUCGCUCACCAAGCAGAAGAUCGUGGACGAAGCCGUCCUGGCCUUCCAGUUCAACAUGGAGAUUUUCGGAGAACUAGAGGAGGUUGGAAAAACCCUUCAGGACGAUGUUUUGGAUGCGGCUCCUGUUCAUGGGGCUCAUGGCGAGAUGCAAGGAGACCUCAGCCAGUGUCCGUAUUAUGCGGCCAAAAUGGCUGCCAGCGGUGGGUCGUCAUACAUCUGUCAUCUGGCCAUGACUGUGCUUAAACAUCCCUCCGGUCAAGUCAUAUUGGCUGCCUGGAUCGCUGCUCUCGCCGGAUUGGCUGCGUGGUACCUCAUGUGAUCCAAUGAGAGGAGAGAGGGCUCAGAUAAUAGAUGAGAACAUGGUUUGUUCUGCUUUAAAGUUGUGAGGCAUUCCAAUGCAUUUCCCUCUUAGUGCAUCCCAUUUGCCCCCUCAUUCUUGGGUAAAUGUGAUUUAAUCUUAAUGUAUGAACAUAAACUGUUUAAACGCAGGAUAGCAUAGUUUGAGCAUAGUGUUUUAUUGUGACAGAUGUUACUAUUGCACCUGUCAGUGUUGAUGAAGUUAAAGGAACAGAUCUCCCAAAAAUGAAACUUUGAUGAACAUGUUCUCAUCCUGAGGCCAUCCAAGAGGAUGAUUGUUUCUUCACGUUAACAGAUUUGCAGAAAUUCAGCUUUACAUCACUUGCUCACCAAUGGAUCCUCUGUAGUGAAUGGGUGCCGUCAGAAUGAGAGUCCAAACAGCUGAUAAAAAUUCAUCCUUUAUUGUCCUCUCACAUCAAAAUCCACCAGUAUAUUUGUUUUCGCUUGUAAACAGUGCUUGAUCUUGAGCAUAUUUCUCUCCUGAUUCAGACGAGAUGCCCUUUUCCUGGAGAAAACGAUGAUGUGGAUUAUUAUAGACUCAUAUUUUAAAGUUAAAUGAUUGAUGUGUUUCUAACAAACACACAGCUUUUUCACUUCUCAAGAUAUUAACUGAUGGACCGGAGUGGUGUUGAUUAUUUGUGAUGUUUUUAUCAGCUGUUUAGACUCUCAUUCUGACGGCACCCAUUCACUCCAGAGCAUCCGCUGCUGAACAAGUGAAGUAAUGAUACAUUUCUGCAAAUCUGUUUAUAUGAAACAAACUCAUCUACAUCUUGGAUAGCCUGAGGGUGAGUAAAUUUAAAUGUUUGGGUGAACCCCUUCAAGGCUGGAGAAGAGCUGUUGCAAUAUGCAGAGAGUAUUUUUAUAGUUUUAUCGCAGCACCAAGUCAACUUAUGGGCCGAAACAUACUCUAUACAAGUACAUGAAUGUAUACGCUUCUGGCUACGCAAGCUUGAUUUCAUAAGUCUUUGUAAUUGUUGCAUUCUCAUGCAUCACCAUAAGGGGUGCUAUAGAUGGCAUUUGUGGAAAUUGAUGACUACUACAAUCAGUUUCUCAUGUUAAGGAAAUGUUAUCACCCAUUUAAUGUUCGAUAUUG